AUGGCGAGCUUAUCACCACUGCUAGUAGCAGUCCUGUGCCUAUUACUUGCAAUCACAGGAAGACUGCAUGCUGAAUCAUGUAUUGGAGUCUACUGGGGUCAAAAUGGCAACGAGGGAAGCUUACGAGAAGCUUGUGCCACCGGCAACUACAAGUACGUCCUAAUAGCCUUCCUCAACCAGUUCGGCAACGGCCAGAUUCCACGGUUGAACCUCGCCGGCCACUGUGACCCCAACAGCGGCGGCUGCACUUUCCUGAGCAACGACAUAAUCUCAUGCCAGCAGGACUACAACGUCACGGUGAUGCUCUCCCUGGGCGGUGCCAUCGGCAACUACCACCUGGUGUCCAAGGAGGAUGCCAGGGAUGUCGCCGCCUACAUCUGGGACAAUUUCUUGGGCGGCUCAUCCCCCAACCGGCCCCUCGGGAACGCCGUGUUGGACGGGGUAGACUUCGACAUCGAGGGAGGGAGCAGAGACCACUGGGACGACCUUGUUCGCUACUUGAAGGCCUACAGCACGCCGGGGCAGAAAGUUUACCUGAGCGCGGCAACAGACUGCUGCAUGCCCGACUAUUACCUUCAAACUGCGAUCGACACCGGUCUCUUCGACUACCUGUGGGUGCAGUUCUGCGACAUCUAA